AUGCGUUCUUCACUAGUAAACCUGCUAGUCUGCACUUUUCUUGUCAAAGUUAGUAACAGUGAAAAUACCUUCGAGAAUGUGACAGUUGUGCUUGCUCGUAAUGACGUACCAGAAGCAACGGUAGCCACAUUUGACAGUCUUAAGGAAGUCAUUCCUGACGUAAAAGACGAGGUGACAAUCACUGGAAACGUUCCCAUCUUGUACGAAAACUCGAUCUUCGAUGUACCAAGUCUGUUCAGUCUUGACCUGUCUAACGUAGGUUUGGAAGAAAUCAAACCGGGAGCUUUUGGUAAUGUACCACUUUUGAACAAACUCGUCCUGAAUUCGAACAACCUGACAGAAAUCCAAAGUGAUACAUUUACCGAUCUAAAUGUAUCGAAUGUAGAUUUGUCAUCCAACUCAAUCUUCCUUCUACAACCAGGAGCCUUCACGAAUUUCAAAGCUGAUAACGUGACACUUGAAAACAACAACCUCACUGAACUUUCAUUUGGUGUUUUUGAAAAUGUUACUCUCGGAAUAUUAAAUUUGGAUAGUAAUUCUCUCUACACAAUCGCACCAAAAGCUCUGUCUGCACUUGGAUUGACAAGAUUGGAUCUGCUUGACAACAAUCUCGAGGAAAUCGAUCCGGAAGUCUUUGACCUGCAAGAAUUGGAAUCACUCGAUUUGGAUUACAACUCAAUCAAGUUUCUGCGACCUGGUGAUUUGAGAAACUUACCACAGUUGCAUUGCCUCCGGCUUUCGGGAAACAAGUUGGAAGAAAUACCAGAAGGAGUUUUCAACAACACCAAACUCACCUACUUGAAUCUAGCUGCAAACCAGAUUGUUAAAAUUGCGAGUAAAGCUUUUGAUGGCAUGUUGGCGCUUAGAGUGUUGAAGAUUGACUCCAAUAAUCUAACCCAGUGGGAUGAUUGGCUGACAUCACCGUCUGCUUCUAUUUUAGUUCGUUUUAAUCAGAUUACUGAGAUUCCAGAUGAAGCUUUCAAGAACUAUUCUCGGUUGUUCAAUAUUAAUCUUCAAGGGAAUCGCAUCAGGAAGAUUUCAACUAAAGCUUUUCGGAAAUUGGAACAGAUUCGUUAUUUUAAUUUGGCCGAUAAUGAGAUUGAUAACUGGGAUCCAGAAACAUUGGGGAAUGUUAGCAUUGUUGGUUUGGAUCUCAGGGGAAAUAGGUUAAAGUGUAUUAAAGGAGAUUUGGAAACAAUUUUCAAGAAUGUUCAAAAGAUACGUUUGGAAAAUAAUCCUUGGAAAAAAGAGUGUGCUAAGAAGGUUGCGAAGUUACAGAAAAAAAAGAAGCAGAUACCCAAUUACAAUUUGAUAGAAUAUUGUGCUAUAAUAAAUAUGUAG